UAGCAGUCUGCAUUAUUAGAUUGCGGCGCUGCUGCCAGGUGCUACCGUUUGAGAACAUUUUUCGAAUAAAAGUGAGCUCCCCUCUCCUCAUAUUUCUAGACCCCAAAUUCAUUCCACUUCAGGAUCGUUUGUUUUACUUAACCAAUAAAUCUACUCUUACACUUCUAAAGAAUGGAGCAGAUACGCUUUCUUGCUGUGAAUUCUCUUGUUUGGCUUGCUUGGUUUCAGUCCUCAUCUCAGCGCUCUACAAGUACAGCUACCUCAUUGUCAAUCCCAGGAUUCUGCCCUGAAUCUCGCGAUACAGAUCUGUUCCAAAUCGAACAACUCAUAGUUAAUCCAACGCCUCCGCUCGUCGAAGAAAAUCUUGACAUCUACAUUUAUGGAACCUUUCUUUCAGACAUCUCAGAUCAUCCAGUUUGGAAUUGGUAUGCACGCGAGAACUCAACUGACAACCCAGGGCGGAGUGGCACAGUUCCGUUCUGCGGUAUAAUGGAAACCAUCGAGCAGCCAGAUGUAAAUCGAGAGAAGGAAUGUCCACCUGAGAAAGGAUUCGCCUUAAUAAGUCUUCAUUAUUAUAUACCUUGGUUUGUAGGUGAAGGAAACUUCACUGUGAAAUUUGAUGCAAUGACGAAGGAGGGAGAGAGAAUUUAUUGUCUAGAUGGAGAAUUUGAGAUGAAGUACCCAGAAGGAAAGUCGGUUUGAUAGGAUUAGUACGAUGGUUUUAUCUUCCAACGGAUCUAGAUUUUUGAGUACUCAAGAAUUGUAACCACUCAAACAUAUCUGAUGUUCGAUAAAACAAACAAAUAAACUAGUAAUCUCUUUCCAAUGACGUGAGAACCGUAUACGGUCCGAAAAUACCUGGCGAUCCGCCGGUCUUAUACAACCAAUUCAUCAAAUACCUAUUGCCCAUGGGCUGUACUGAAUGGGCGGCGCUUUGGGAAGUGGAAUGAAAUAAAAGCGGCCGCCACAUAUUUCCUGCAUCUCCACCCGUAUUAUCCUAUCAACGCACAAAUGA